AUGGUUUACGACUUGAUUGUAAUAGGUGGUGGAAGUGGAGGAAUGGCUGCAGCAAGGAGGGCAGCAAGGCAUAAUGCAAAGGUUGCUCUUAUUGAAAAAGCCCGUUUAGGUGGAACGUGUGUCAAUGUUGGAUGUGUUCCUAAAAAAAUUAUGUUCAAUGCUGCGUCGGUUCAUGACAUUUUGGAGAAUUCUAGGCAUUACGGAUUUGACACGAAUUUUUCCUUCAACUUACCUCUGUUAGUAGAGAGACGAGAUAAGUACAUUCAAAGGUUGAAUAAUAUUUAUAGACAAAAUUUAAAUAACGACAAGGUAGAUUUGUAUGAAGGAACAGCUAGCUUUUUAAGCGAAAAUAGGAUAUUAAUAAAAGGCACAAAAGAUAAUAAUAGAGGAAAUGGACCCUUGAAUGAAGAAAUUCUUGAAGGAAGAAAUAUUCUUAUAGCUGUUGGAAAUAAACCAGUAUUUCCUCCAGUUAAAGGUAUAGAAUAUACAAUAUCAAGCGAUGAAUUUUUUAAUAUUAAAGAAUCUAAAAAAAUUGGUAUUGUUGGAAGUGGAUAUAUAGCAGUUGAAUUAAUAAAUGUUAUAAAACGAUUAGGUAUUGAUUCUUAUAUAUUUGCUAGAGGAAAUAGAAUCUUAAGGAAAUUUGAUGAAUCUGUUAUUAAUGUAUUAGAAAAUGAUAUGAAAAAAAAUAAUAUUAAUAUUGUUACAUUUGCAGAUAUUGUUGAAAUAAAAAAAGUUAGUGAUAAAAAUUUAUCAAUACAUUUAUCUGAUGGAAGAGUAUAUGAACAUUUUGAUCAUGUCAUUUAUUGUGUUGGUAGAUCACCAGAUACCAAGAAUUUAAAUUUAGAAAACUUAAAUGUAGAAACAAAUAAUAAUUAUAUAGUAGUAGAUGAAAAUCAAAGAACUAAUAUAAACAAUAUUUAUGCUGUUGGUGAUUGUUGUAUGGUAAAAAAAUCAAAAGAAAUCGAAGAUUUAAAUUUAUUGAAAUUAUAUAAUGAAGAAGCAUAUCUAAAUAAAAAAGAAAAUAUUACAGGAGAUAUGUUUUAUAAUGUUCAAUUAACACCAGUAGCUAUCAAUGCAGGAAGAUUAUUAGCUGAUAGAUUAUUUUUAAAAAAAACAAGAAAAACAAAUUAUAAACUUAUACCAACUGUUAUAUUUUCUCAUCCACCCAUAGGUACUAUUGGUCUUUCUGAAGAAGCAGCAAUUCAAAUCUAUGGAAAGGAAAAUGUUAAAAUAUAUGAAUCGAAAUUUACGAAUUUAUUCUUUUCUGUUUAUGAUAUAGAACCAGAACUAAAAGAAAAAACAUAUCUUAAAUUAGUAUGUGUUGGAAAAGAUGAAUUAAUUAAAGGUUUACAUAUAAUAGGAUUAAAUGCAGAUGAAAUUGUUCAAGGUUUUGCAGUCGCCUUAAAAAUGAAUGCAACCAAAAAAGAUUUUGAUGAAACAAUACCUAUACAUCCUACAGCAGCAGAAGAAUUUUUAACCUUACAGCCAUGGAUGAAAUGA